CGUGUGCGAAUGCAGCUGUGUGUUAAAUACAGUGUCUUCUCCUAAUGAACCGUGAUCUGUAUAAUGUCCGAGAAUGUCCAUUUCUGGAGCUCUUAGCAAUUACUAUGUGGAUUCCAUUAUAAGUCACGAGAACGAAGAUCCGGCUUCAGCCAAGUUCUCCAAUGUGCAGUAUGGUGGCUCCAGGCAAGCGGGGUUACACGCCGGGGACCAUCCGGAGUUCCCCUCGUGCAGCUUCCAGCCGAAACCCCCCGUGUUCAGCGCCUCCUGGAAUCCCUUUAAUUCCCACGCGUCCAGUGGUUUGCCAUCCGUGUACCAUCCGUACAUCCCGACUCAGCCUGUGCCCUCCCCGGACUCUCGAUACUUUCGGACUUGGAUGGACUGUGGCCCGAGGUCCGAGCCCUUGUCUGGUCACGGGCAGGUCAAAGUAGAACCGCUGCUUGGGCACCUCGGAGAGCCGCCCAAAAUCGGAGGACACGAGUACAUUCUGGAGUCGUCUUCUGCCGGGGAGAUAAACCCCACUCAGGGUUCUGGGUUCCAGGACAACAAGGACAUGUGUGAGGGCAGCGAAGGGAAAGACGGGGCAGAUCAAAAUGACCCAUCUGCCAACUGGUUGCAUGCCAGGUCGUCUCGGAAAAAGAGGUGCCCAUACACCAAAUACCAGACGUUGGAGCUGGAGAAGGAGUUUCUCUUCAGCAUGUACCUCACCCGGGACAGGAGGCAUGAGGUGGCCCGUCUACUGAACUUGACAGAGAGACAAGUGAAAAUAUGGUUCCAGAACCGACGGAUGAAAAUGAAGAAAAUGAACAAAGACCAGUCCAAGGAGUAGAAUGGAGACAGGGACCCCCCCCAAGUUCUUUCUAUGAAGUGACACUUUCAGGUGUAUUACUGCAAGCGUGUUUUUUUACCAUUCCUGUUUUUACCAGAAACCUACCAGAUUCUUAAUAUAAGUCAAUGAUUUUGUUCAAGACAUAACGUGUGUUAAUAAUAAAUGUAUUCGAACAAUGGUUGUCGGUGUUCUCCA